GGCUGCCGGCACCGGCCAUGUGCCGAGAGGGUGCCUGCCGCCCGCUCCUCCGCUCAGCACCCUGAGCUGGCCUCGGCCUGGGCGCUGCUCUUGUUUUUUUUUGUUGUUGUUGUUAUUUUGUGUUGUUUUUGAUUUUUCUCUUAGUACCUUUUUUUUUUUUUUUUUUUUUUUUUUAAACUCUUUCUUGUUUUCGUCCCUGCGUUGAUGCGCUCCGAGCUGGAGACUUCGGGAGACGCGGUCCUCACCUGAGAGAUCCGGCACGAUUCCCCCCGAGCGAAGGCUGUUAAUGGAGAAGAGGGCGAAUGACAGCCGGGACCGUGGUCAUCACAGGUGGAAUAUUAGCGACUGUCAUUUUACUUUGUAUCAUCGCUGUCCUCUGCUACUGUAGGCUCCAGUACUACUGCUGCAAGAAGGAUGAGUCCGAGGAGGACGAGGAGGAGCCCGACUUCGCCGUGCACUCCCACAUCCCUCCGCUCCACUGCAACCGCAACGUAGUGCUGACCAACGGCCCGUCCCUCUACGCCUCCUCGCCCUUCGGCAAGAAGCCGACGCCGAGCCGGAGCGGCUGCCCCGGCUGCGGGCAGUAUGAGCCCCCCACCUUCUUCCUGCAGGAGCCCCCCGAGGAGCUGCACAACGGGGGGGACCGGGUCAGCUACCAGACCGUCAGCCAGGAAGACCUGGAGCUGCCGGUGAGCGUGGGCAACCUGCAGGCGCUCAACCCCAACCGGCUCUCGGCUAUGCGGGAAGCCUUCUCCCGCAGCCGCAGCAUCAGCACCGACGUGUGAGGCAGCAUCGCGCCUUUCCAAGGACUUUUUAAAAUCCACAGAAUAGUUUUAAAGAAAAAAAAAAAGGGGGGGGGGGUUGGGGAGAUUUUGAAUGUAUUGCUGCGUUCUAUAGGCAGAGACGUGGUAAAUUGUAAUAUGAAGGGU